UCUCAGUUGCUGUGUGGAGAGAUUUGACGGAGGGACGCUGCUGUACAUGGACCAUCACUGCGCCUGCAAUCCGCCGCCUGUUCACACACACGCAUGUAAUGCCUCGCUGAAAUCGGGACGUACACGUUGGAGACGACACGCGUGUCAAUAUUCCAUCUUUGCAUGUAUGGAGAGGAGGAACUAGUCGCCGGGUCCGCGGCUGUUUGUCUUUUUUUUUUUUUUUUUUAGAUCGUCCCCCCCUCCCCACAUAUCACUCUAAUUAGUCGGAGGCAUGUGGAAUCUCACCAGGAUUAGGAAUUGCUUCCCAAUAGUGUGCCUGCUGUUGACGUUAUGGACGGAGGUGUCCCAGUCAACCGGCUAUUUCGAGCUGCAGCUGAUCUCCGUGGAGAAUGUAAACGGCGAGUUGGCGGACGGGGAGUGCUGCGACGGUCCCCGGAGCUCCCAGGACCUGAGCUGCACUCAAGACGAGUGCGACACUUACUUCAAAGUGUGCCUGAAGGAAUAUCAGAUGGAGGUGGCCACCACUGGCUCCUGCACGUUCGGAGCUGAAUCUACGCAAGUUGUCGGUGGAAAUACGUUUUCUCUUAAGGGCGCCAACAAUAACCCGAAUAAAGUCGGCGAUGCUGGCAGGAUUGUGAUCCCCUUCCAGUUUGCUUGGCCGCGGACAUACACGUUGAUUGUAGAGGCCUGGGACUGGGACAACAAGACACGAGAAACUGAGGAGGACCUGCUGAUUGAGCGCAGCGCCCGCACUGGCAUGAUCAACCCUGGUGACCCCUGGCAGACAAUCAUGCACGAUGGGCCCGUGGCUCGCAUCACUUAUCGUAUCCGGGUAAAGUGUGACGAAAACUACUACACCAGCACGUGCAACAUACAGUGUUCUCCUCGUGACGACUACUUUGGCCACUACCGCUGUGGACCUUUAGGCACCCGUGUGUGCCUGGAUGGUUGGAUGGGCCACGACUGCACAACAGCGAUCUGCAAGCAAGGUUGCAACCUGUUACAUGGCUCAUGCAGUGUCCCAGGCGAAUGCAAGUGCCGAUAUGGCUGGAAGGGCCAGUUUUGUGAUGAAUGUGAGCUUCAUCCUGGUUGUGUCCACGGGACUUGCAACGCCCCCUGGCAGUGCAACUGCCAGCAGAACUGGGGUGGUCUGAUGUGCGAAAAAGAUCUGAAUUACUGCGGUCGCCAUCAGCCUUGUGUUAACGGAGGAACUUGUAUGAACACCCAGCCAGAUGAGUACCACUGUGCCUGUCCAGAGGGCUUCUCUGGAAAGAACUGUGAGAUAGCUGAGCACGCCUGUGUUUCCAGUCCUUGUGCAAAUGGUGGUACAUGCCGCGAGGUUCCAGCAGGGUUUGAAUGCCAGUGUCCUCCAGGCUGGGAUAAUCCAACCUGUGCCAAUUUGGAUGACUGUGCUUCCAGUCCAUGUUCUCAUGGUGGAACUUGCAUUAACCUGAAGGAUGGAUUCGAGUGUGUGUGCCUCCCUCAGUGGGAAGGAAAGACCUGCCAGAUAGAUGCAAAUGAGUGUGCAAGACAGCCCUGUGUGAACGCUUACUCUUGCAAAAAUUUGAUUGGCGGAUAUCACUGCAGCUGUUUUCGGGGAUGGUCCGGACAAAACUGUGACAUCAAUACCAGUGCCUGCCACGGUCAGUGCAAGAAUGGAGCAACUUGCCGCGCUGUGUUGAACAGCUUUGUGUGCGAAUGCCCACCGCAGUUCACUGGACAGCUGUGUGAGAUCCCAAGCUCGUCAUCUUCUGAUGCCUGUGAUCCAAACCCUUGUGAGAAUGAGGCCAAGUGUCAUAGCAUGGAACAGGACUUCUACUGUGCGUGUCCUGAAGGCUACGAAGGAAAGAUGUGUGAAAGGCUCAAAGAGGAUUGCCAAACCACUCCAUGUCAAGCUAUUGACAGCUGCAGCAUUGCUGUUGCAACCAAUGACUCGGAUGGCAUACAGAACAUACCCUCCAAUGUCUGUGGCGCACGAGGACGCUGCAUCAGCCAGCCAGCCGGAAACUUCACCUGCGUCUGUGAUCCGGGUUUCAGUGGCAUCUACUGUCACGAGAAUAUUAACGACUGCAUAGGCAACCCAUGCAGAAAUGGGGGAACCUGCGUUGACAGAGUGAACUCAUUUCAGUGCGUUUGUCCUGAUGGAUGGGAGGGCCAGCUCUGUGACCACAAUGUCAACGAGUGCAGACACAAUCCUUGUAAGAAUGGUGGACAGUGCAUCGACCUAGUAAACGACUUCUACUGCAACUGCACCGAUAACUGGAAGGGCAAGACCUGCCAUUCCCGUGAGCGCCAGUGUGAUGAAACCACCUGCAGUAAUGGAGGAACCUGCAAUGACCACGGGGAUACCUUCCGCUGUGCAUGCCCACCUGGUUGGGGAGGAAAGAUGUGCAACACAGCUAAGAACAGCACAUGCGCCUCCAGUCCUUGCUCUAACGGAGGGACUUGUGUGGGAGGAGGCGAUACCUUCACCUGCAUCUGUAAAGAGGGCUGGGAAGGCCCCACCUGUGGACAAAAUACAAACGACUGCGACCCUCAUCCAUGUUACAAUGGUGGGAUCUGCGUGGACGGAGUCAACUGGUUCCGGUGCGAGUGCGCCCCCGGUUUCGCCGGACCUGACUGCAGAAUCAACAUAAACGAGUGCCAGUCUUCACCCUGUGCCUAUGGAGCCACCUGUGUGGAUGAGAUCAAUAGUUUCCGAUGCAUCUGUCCGCGUGGAAGAAGAGGAGCCAGAUGCCAAGAGUUCAUAGGCGUUGGGAAAACUUGCCACUAUACUGGGCUGCAGUUUCCACAUGGCAGCCACUGGGAGGAGGAGUGCAACAGUUGCCAUUGCCUCGAUGGCAAGGUGGAUUGUACAAAGGUGCUGUGUGGUCGCCGUCCGUGCCGGCUCGAGUCAUCGGGCCGUGACCAGUCCUGUCCGGCUGGACAAGAAUGUCUGGAGCAUAGCUACUUCACCUGCUUCUCCCCCCCUUGUCAUCAGUGGGGGGUUUGUUCAAUGGUUGGACCUCCACCUCCACAUGUAACCACCAAGUGCCAGCCAAACAGCGGCCAUUUGGACAACAGCUGCGGCCGCAUAACACUCGUUUUCAACAGAGACAAAGUACCGCCGGGAACAACAGUGGAGAAUAUCUGUUUUGAGCUGAGGUAUCUUCCUGAUACUAGACACUUGGCAAGAGACCACGCUCUUCUCCUUCUCUGUGAUCUCUCUCAUUCAAAUCAGGAUGCUGUAGAGGUGGCUAUAUCUUUCCAUCCAGAGGAUUUACCUGACCACAGUCUGAUCCAGGAGACAGCCAGUGCCAUUGUGGGCACCUUGUCUAAGCGGCACAAUAGCACCAUAAUGCUGGCAGUCAUUGAGGUCAAAGUGGAAACCCAGGUCAUGCGUCCAUCAGUGGAUUACCUGGUGCCUCUACUAUGUGUCGCCUUUUGUUUGCUCUGCCUCUUCUGCAUCAUUGUAUGUGUUUGGUGGACACGCAAACGGAGAAAAGAGCGCGAGAGGACCUCCCGAUCAGCCGCCGACGACAGCGUCAACAACCAGUGGGAGCCACUGCGGAUCGUUGUGCGACGUCAGCAGGAGCAGCAGCAGCUGAAAGAAAGCAACAGGGAGGCUGAGCAGGAGCGCAAAAAGCUCAUGGGCCCCUCCUGUCGGACGUAUGAUGAGGAGGAGGAGGAGACGGAAGGCGAGCUUGAGCUCGAGGAGGAGUGCGGUGGAGCAGAGGCGGGAAAGCAGCUAGUUUAUAAGUACUCUAAAACUGCAGUGCGGCCCAGUGGAGGAGUGAUCUGCACCAUGCACAGCUCCAGUUCACCUCUCAAAGCCCCCCACCGGACCCCAGGCUACAGUCCCAAAGACAACCGCUGGAAAAAUGUCAGUGCGGUCCUGACUGGUCAGAAAGACCUCAGAGACUAUUGUGUAUGAGAUAUAUAUAAACAAAUGAGUUGCAGUGUGGAAGCAAGAGAAGCUGCAAGGCAGUGACUAUUUUUAGUUUGGACUAUUUUUGGAAAGAAAGGAAAAAAUGCUUUUUGUUUAUAUAAGCCAUUGUUUGCUUCAUUUUCAUGUUUUCGUCACUGUCACCUGAAGUGAUUUUUGAUUCAGGAGGGCUAGAGCACAGUGAACAUCCUUUUUUCAUUCUGUUACCUUAUUUUCCUUUACAUGUACACAGGAGCUGAGAUGUAAUGAUAUUUCAGGAGGCAAAAGAAGCUUCUUGCAAUUUAUGUUUAUGGACUUGUUGGUAAAUGGUGAGUCACUGAUAUGGAUUGAGGGGAAAAAAAAAAACAGGCUGUAUAAUGAUUUUAUUUUUUGUUUUGUUUACAGAUGAGUAUGAUUUUGUUAAACUAUCAGUGGGUUCCUGUUCAGUGUCUGUUGGGGCAGAUGCACAUUAAAGGGAGAGAAAGGGAAGGGUUUUAGAGACAUGGACUGUUGUUGCAUUCACAGUAACAGGGGAAACUCUCCCUUUGCUCUAGUUUCCUUCCAGCUUUGCCCACCUGUGGCCGUCACACGCCAGCCUUACCAAAAACACUUGGCCUGGAGGGGAAGAGGGGGCAGAAACCCCAGUGCCUACUAUGUGGCCUUCCUUGUUUUUGUUUGUUUUCCUUUUCUCCUGUCUCGUUUUCUUGGCUGAAAGCUCUGUUUGACGAUUUUUUGCAGUAUUUGAGUUGGUAGCAAGUGCCUUUCUAAGAGCUGCGUUCAGGCUCCAAGUUGCGCUGCCCAGUUUGACCUCCUUGUUCUCAAAUCUCAAAGGGAUAUGUGUACAUUUAGACUUCAGUUUCACAGCAACGCCAUUCAAGGUAUUUGAUCAAAGCAGAAAUGAAUACUCUGUACAUACAUGUAAAUACUAAAGGAGUCGCUGUGUAUAUUUGAAAUAAGUAACUUAAAAGACAAGUCACACAUUUUUAUUAUUAUUAUUAUGAUUAAUAUUAUUUUUAUUUUUUUUACAACGCCAUUCCUUUUAUUUAAUGCCUGUCCAAAUAGGCAGGUUUUAUAACACUUAAUACUCAGUCCCGCAGUUAAGAGUUAGGAACAUUUACAAUGAGGUACCACCUAUGAAGGAAUUUAUGAAGGGUUUAUAAAUGGUGUCUAUUUUUUGAGGGGGGGGGAUUAAUAUGUGUUUUGAAAUAUUAAAGAAAAAGUGAUGUUUUUGGUUUUUCACCUUUACAUUAUGUGAUAGAAUAACUUUCACAGGGCCGAGGCAUCACUAGGCAUCCUGUUCGUGUCAUUGAUGUUAUUUUGGCUUUUCUUUCAGUCUAGCAUGCAGUCUCAAUAUUAGCUUCCCUUAGUGUUUUGUUGUUGUUGGGUUUUUUUUGUUUUUUAGGGGGGUGUAUACACAAUUGGCAAAGUUAGAAGUAGGAAGCAUAACCUGGAUGUUUUAUUUUGUAGGAAAAUGUACUAUAAAUGCUUUAAUUUUGCUCUUAACUGUUGUUAGCCCUAAGAUUUACUUGCUAUUUAUUUGUAAGUGCUGUAGAGAAAAUCAUAUUGCUAUUAUGGUCAAACCGCUCUUUUGCUUUCUUUUUCAUUGUUUUUUUUUUUUUUUUUUUUUUUUUUUUUUUGUCUUUCUUUUCUUUUUCUUUCUUUUUCUUUUUUUUAAAAGCUGCCAAUACUAUAGCCUUAACAAGUUUCCAAACCAUUUAUAAACCCAUCACAAACCCUUUUAUUUCAGGUGCCUUAAUGUAACAGUGCAUUGUUUGUGUUAUCAGUGGUCGUGUUAUGUUGUUGGGGUUUUUUUUUUUUUUUUUUUGUUGUUGAUGUUGUUCCACUAUUAAGGCAGGUAAGACAUCUUGUGUAGUGUGGUGUGCUUUAUUCGCUUGAGUAAAGUGCACUGCUGUCACUUUACUGUCAUGGAGAUUUCUAAAAUAAAACACAGAUGGAUGGUUUAAAAACAAAAGAAAAACCAGUCCACUCUUGGCAGUUUAGAGUUCUGAAUGUGGAUGUUGGGUCAAAUGUGGACAUCUUGCAUUAGCAUUAGCUUGGUUUAAAGGCUUUAAUGAAGGGAACAAUGUUUGCAGAUGCAGAUUUUUCUUUGCCAUCAUGCAAAUGUGUUUUAAGUUACCAACUCAGUUUAAACAGUUUUACCCCUUUUCAUAUCAUGUCAUUGUCUCAAAACGCCAUUGUAUUUCUGUAAAUGGGACACAGCAAAAUAAACAAUUAAAGCUGCAUCACUGCUGGUGUUAAAAGCUGAAUAUGCAUAUUGUAUACAUUUUAUUGUACAAGGGACAUGCGUUAAUUUUGUACAAAGCAAAAAGGGUGUUUCAUUGUUUUAAAUAAUCAUCCUACCUAUUUAUUAAAGCAGUUUUGACACACCAUGA